ACGCACGCGCAUAAUGACGUUUGACGCUGACAGAGAUUUUGCUAGCGGUAUCGGAAGCCUUGCUAUCCCUUUAGCCAAGCGUAGGCCAAUAAACCCUCUUUGGUAGGACUCUGGAACCCAGAACAGCGAAUUCACAAACGGACCCGUCGUCACCAGCAGUCGCAUUUGUUGCUAAGUUACAAUCUUCGUGCUGUGUAUUCUGUCCUGUGGCUGAGCUAAAAGAUGGUGAAGCCAGACAUUCACACUCUGGCCCACCACCUGAAACAGGAGAGGCUAUACGUGGCUUCAGAGAAACAGCUUAUCCAGCGUCUCAAUUGUGAAGUACUAAAGACAGCAGAAAGGCUCUACCGCGCAGCCUGGAUAGCCAAACAACAGAGGAUUAACCUUGAUCGUCUCAUCCUCACCAGUGCUGAGGCAUCCCCGGCCGAAUGCUGCUUGCAUGCUAAGGUGUUAGAGAGUACGCAGUUUGUUGACGGCUACAAGACUCUGGGCUUUCAGGAGAGUAUCUAUGGAGAGUUCCUUGGGCGGCUGAGGGAAAAUCCACGCCUGGUGGCCUCCUGUCUGGUUGCUGGGGAGAAGCUUAACCAAGAACAUACACAAGGAGUGAUCCACACUGUUUUUACCUCACUUUAUGGCAACUGCAUCAUGCAAGAGGAUGAAGUCUACCUACUACAAGUCCUGCGUUACCUAGUUGAGUUCGAGCUUAAGGAGAGUGAUAAUCCACGUCGUCUGCUACGGCGGGGCACAUGUGCUUUUAGUAUCCUCUUUAAGCUAUUCUCUGAGGGCCUGUACUCUGCCAAGUUAUUUCUCACAGCCACCUUACAUGAGCCCAUUAUGCAGCUAUUGGUGGAGGAUGAAGACCACCUAGAGACUGAUCCAGCCAAAGUGACUGAAAGAUUCACCCCAACACAACAGGAGCGCCUGUUUGGGGAGAAGGGCUCUGAUUCUUACUGUCAAAAGGUUCAGGCAGUUGUAGAAUCCAACCAAGCCAAGCUUGUGGCUCUUGUUAAUACAUUUAUUGGCUAUUUGAAGCAAAAUACCUACUGCUUCCCUCAGAGCUUGCGCUGGAUCGUGUCACAAAUGUACAAAUCACUGGCGCAAGUGGAAGGGCUGGAGGUUGGGGAGGUGAGGACCAUGUGCACAGACCUGUUGCUGACUUGUUUCAUCUGCCCAGCCAUUGUCAACCCUGAACAGUAUGGAAUCAUCUCGGACGCACCCAUUAAUGAAGUGGCACGCUUUAACCUAAUGCAGGUGGGGCAGUUGCUACAGCAGUUAGCCAUGGCUGACACAGAUGAUGGAGAUCCUCGACGGAAAAGCAAUUUAUCAAAAUUUGACAAAAGUUGUGUCGCUGCCUUUUUGGAUGUAAUGAUUGGUGGAAGAACUGUGGAGACCCCUCCCAUGUCUUCAAUGAACCUCUUAGAGGGUCUCACACGAACUGUGGUUUAUAUCACAAACAAUCAGCUUCUGGCUUUGGUGGACUUUGUGCGCGGUGUGACUGCUGGUGACCAGCUCAGAGAGGAAGACCAUUUAGCUCUGGAGGCUCUGCAAGCCAAUGUACCUCAGUCCCAUGCAGUGAAGAGCAACAGCUUGGAGCUCACACCUCAGCUUUCCCCAGCUACUACACCUGCCAACAGGAAGAACAGACUACCCCUAGCAGCAACCCGUAGCCGCUCCCGCUCCAACAUCGCUCAGGACAGUGAGGCGGACCCUAGCUACCAGGACCCACAGCAGGAAGUCAUGCCUGAGGAGGUGCUUGUCAUCUCAUUGGGAACUUCCUCUCAGACUAUGCCUGGAAUGAUGCCUGAAAAUGAGGUGCUGAACUUGCAACUUUCUGAUGAAGCUCAAGGAGAUGCCCCAGCUGAUGAGGCUAAACUGCAUGGCAAACCUGACAAAACCCUCCGCUUCUCUCUAUGCAGUGACAAUCUGGAAGGAGUCUCUGAGGGGCCAUCUAACCGCUCCAACUCUGUCUCAUCUCUGGACAUGGAAGCGGAAUCUGUGUCGGACUUAGGCCCAGGGCCAUCCGCCAGUAAUGGUGUUGAAGCUCUGCAGCUGCUGGAACAUGAACAAGCCACCACGCAGGAUAAUCUGGAUGAUAAACUUCGAAAGUUUGAGAUUCGGGACAUGAUGGGUCUGACAGAUGAUCGGGAUAUCUCUGAGACUGUCAGUGAAACCUGGAGCACUGACGUCCUUGGUAGUGAUUUUGAUCCUAAUAUAGAUGAAGACAGACUUCAGGAAAUAUCAGGGGCUAUGGUGGAAAACAUGCUGGGGAGUCUGCUAUGCUUCCCCACACCUGGCCCUAUUCUUUUGGACCCCUGCGGUUCAACAAUGUCUGAGACCACAAGUGAAGCCUGGAGUGUGGAAGUCCUGCCCAGUGACUCAGAAACUGCAGAUUUAAAGCAAGAGGACCGCUUGCAGGAGUUAGAAAGCUGCUCAGGGGUGGGCAGCACUUCAGAUGAUACUGAAGUCAGAGAGGUCAGCUCCCGACCAAGCACCCCAGGAUUAAGCAUCAUCUCAGGUAUUAGUGCAACAUCUGAAGACAUCCCCAACAAGAUCGAAGACCUGCGCUCAGAAUGUAGCUCAGAUUUUGGAGGCAAAGACUCUGUCACAAGCCCAGAUGGAGAGGAUUCUGUACACGGAGCACAUGGUUUGUCCUGUGUGCCUGCUCAAGCUGACACUCUGCUGUCCAUGUUUGAUCCGCUCUCCUCUGGAGAAGGUACUGGCACCAUAGUUCGGCCCAAGGCGCACUACACCAGACCCCCUCAUCCUCCCCCAGACCCACCGAUCCCAGAGGCUUGUGCCACAGGACCUUCUGAACCCAGGGCAUCUCUCUUCUCCAUCCACGAUCCGGAGCACCCCAAGCAGAGGCAUUCAUACCCUGAGCGUCUGGUCAGGAGCCGCAGCACGGACAUAGUCUGUGCAGGGCGCAGACCCAACAGUGAUCCAGGCAUAAACCGCAGGACCAUGGUUGAGGAUCAGGACCAAGCAGUUGCUUUCGCUACUGGAUCCACAACGUCCCCAAGCAAAGAUUCACUCAAAGUGGAGAUUGAUGACAAGAAGGACAGUGAUGAUGAGAAAUCAGACAGGAACAGACCCUGGUGGAAGAAACGGUUUGUUCCUGCCAUUCCUAAAGUGCUCUAUUGGACUGCAGAGAGUGAAAUGCCAGCACCAAUCGCAGCAUUCCGAAAGCGGGACAAGCACGAGAAAGACGACCUGGGAGCAGAGAAGGUCCCUCAAGAUGAGCCUUCAUUAUUGGGGCAGAGCUGUCAGGCUCAGGCAGUAGAAGACAUAUUGGACAAAUACAGGAACAUUAAGAGAACCAGCCCGAGUGAGGGAGCAACACCGACCACCUAUGAUGUAACAGAAAUGUGUAAAGAGGGUGAAAGUGAACAUAAAUCCCAUAGAAAUGAGGGCCUGCAGAACAUCUCUACGGAUGACCUGAUGGACUCUGCAAGCCAGACAGCACAGCCCCAGGACAGCAAGUUUUCCUUUAGUGAUGCUAAGAAGAAAUUACGUCUGGCUCUGUGCUCUGCAGAUUCUGUUGUUUUUCCUAUUAUGCCCACUGUAACACGGAAUGGCCUCCCUGACCAUGCAGAUCCUGAGGACAAUGAGAUUGUGUGCUUUCUGAAAGUGCAGCUAGCAGAGGCUAUUAACUUGCAGGAUAAAAACCAGAUGGCUCAGAUCCAGGAGACCAUGCGUUGUGUCAGUCGCCUCGACCCACGCACCUGCAGAAAGCUGCUCACAGCAAUUGCUGAGGACUACAGAAAGCGGGCUCCAUACAUAGCGUAUUUGACACGGUGCCGGCAGGGACUGCAGACUUCUCAGGCUCAUCUAGAGAAGCUGUUGCAGAGAGUUCUUAGAGAUAAAGAAGUGGCCAACCGCUAUUUUACUACUGUCUGUGUCCGACUGCUUCUAGAACGUAUGGAGUCCAGGAUGCAGGACUUUAUCAGAGCAUUUCAGAGCUUCACAGCAGCUGAUGAUAAAACUGCAGCAGUGGAGGAUUUCCUGCGUUACCUCUAUGGUGCGAUGGCGCAUGAUGUCAUCUGGCAAUAUGCCAGUGAGGAACAGCUACAGGAUGCCCAGAUGGCUAUUGAGCGCAGUGUCAUGAAUCGCAUCUUCAAACUGGCUUUCUACCCAAACCAGGAUGGAGACAUUCUGCGAGACCAGGUUCUGCAGGAGCAUAUUAAUCGUCUGUCCAAAGUAGUGACUGCCAACCACAAGGCCCUCCAAAUCCCAGAGGUGUAUCUGAAAGAGGCUCCAUGGCCUUCUGCACAGGCAGAGAUCAGGACGAUCAGUGCAUACAAGACGCCGCGGGACAAAGUGCAGUGCAUCCUGCGCAUGUGCUCCACCAUCAUGAAUCUGCUCAGCUUGGCCAAUGAGGAUGCUGUACCUGGAGCUGAUGACUUUGUCCCUGUGCUUGUAUUUGUUCUUAUAAAGGCAAACCCACCCUGCCUUCUGUCCACCAUUCAGUACAUCUGUAAUUUCUAUGCCAGUCAGCUGAGUGGAGAGGAGUGCUAUUGGUGGAUGCAGUUCACAGCCGCUGUUGAAUUUAUUAAAACCAUCGACGAGCGCAAGUGAAGCAGAACAGCCACCUGUAUGGGCAACUGUUGAAGGAGAAGGAGAAAAAGAUGAGACUUCACAACCAACUACACUGUCUUUCACUAAACCUACUCAACAAGGCACUGCUUCACUUUGUCUAGGUCAUUUAACUGUAUUUAGAGCCACAGAGGCAUUGAAUGUGUAUAAAAAAAAAAAAUAAUAAAAAGAAAAAGAAAAAAAAAAAGAAAGGAAAAAGUGCCAUUAUAUUAAAAAAUAAAAGUAAACUAAGUACAAUUAUGUGAGGUGAUGUAGCUAGAUUUAACUGUAGAGGAGGAAGGGUACCAUACAUUGACCUUAAACUAAUUUUGGACUAUAUCCCUUAUUUUGAGUGAGGUGGUGGGACUUACUAUGGUUUUUUUUUUUUUUUUUUAAUGAUCAAUAUUUAACAUGAAUAUUUAAAUAUCUCAGUGAAUUAAAGAAGGGACCAGCCUUUUUGAUUGUGUAAUUAUAUUAGUGAAGGCAAGCUUAAGAGACGAAUUAAGAACCAUGCAUUCUCCUGUACAUUUUGCAACCAUUUAUCAUUUAAAACCCUCCAUCAUAACACAGACUCAUAAAUAUCACUAGCAUAUCACCCUGUUGCAGUUUUUGUGAUUGUUACUUGCAUCACGCUUUUUAAAAAGGCAGUUGGUUAAAAUUAUGUAUGCUGGUGUUCAUGUUCAUUUAUCAUUUCUCUUCCAUGACAAGUAAGGGCAUGCAUAUUUAUGUAACUAAAAGUAUAUUUAUUCUUUGUUUUAUAUAUAAUGAUAUUUUUCAAAUUGGCCAUUGGAUGAGAGUAAUGGAACAGGCACUGUGGAGGAAUAUUGCUCAAAUGAUAUAAAAUAUACUGAGAACAGAAAAAACACGAUUUCCUUGUGUGAGCAGAUAAAUUUGUGCUGUGUAUAACUCUGUAUUUGCUAAUCAAAUUUCUGGUUUGAUUUACUAUUUUAAUUUUAAUUCAAUUUUAGUAAUUUAGUUUUGGUAUUGGUGUAUGUUUUCACCCAUUUCUUAGAGUGGGAUAAAUUCUAUGCUGAAUAUAACAACCAAGUAUAUGCUGCCAGUAGAGCUUAUGAUUGAUACAUUGAUACCUAAAGCAAUUACCUAUAAUCUUGUCUAGUGUUUUUUUUUUUUUUUUUAGGGGGGUUGUUUUGUUUUUUGUUUUUCACAUUUACAUAGCUGUACAUAGAAAAAAAUCUGUAAUUGGCGUUUGGCUUACAAAUGGUACAUAAUGGUUGAAAAUUGGAAAAACUUAAAAUUACAGUUAAAUGGACCCAUUUACUUUUUGUUUCUUGUUGACACAGGAACUUUCAUUUAAGUGGAACAGAUCUCAUACAAAUUCUCAUUUAGUCUAAUAAUUAUUUUAAGAAAGAACUAAAAUAAACUGUAAUGCCUUCUGUUCUUUUAUUGUCCUACCAGUAUGUUGUUUUUUUUUUUUAAAUAACUUUUCCUUCUAACUUGCUCUUUCUCAUUUAGCUUAUGUGUGAUUAGCAAAUGCCACCUACAACAAAGACCUUCAUUUGCAGCAUACUUGAAUGUUCAUUAAAAAUAUAUAUAUAUAUUUUUAA